CACACCCCUGCACAGCACACUCAUGCACAUGCCUCCAGUAGCAGUUUGAGAUCAGCAACUCGGAUCGGAGCCGCAGAUGUACUGGAAUCUACUUUGUGGGACUCAUUUCUCCACAUACCUGCUUUUGAAGAGGUUUUCAUGAGCCACCAGGAGGAGGGGGGUGAGACCGAGGGCCUUGUGACGUAAUCAUCAACUGCAUAGGAGUUUGGGGAUGACUGUCAACACCGCCUGCUCUACUGAUAGUGAGCUUUAUAAGGAGUGGCUGCUGUGGUUGUUCCUCAACAUUUGGAGUGUCAAAGAUAGGGAAGCAGCUGGUGGGAAGCUGAUGUGGGAUUGCUAGUCUCUUACAGGCUUCAUCUUGUUUUUUCAACAAUGGACCUGACUUUGUGGCAGUACCAGUUCAGGAUCAUCAUGCUGGGGGACUCCACAGUGGGCAAGUCUUCCUUGCUGAAGCGCUACACUGAAGACCUGUUCCUGGAGUCCAUCAACCAGACGGUGGGUGUAGACUUCUACGUUCACUUCCUGGAGGUGGAGCCGGGGGUCCGUGUCAAGCUUCAGUUCUGGGACACAGCUGGACAGGAGAGGUUCAGGUCAGUGACCCGUUCUUAUUACCGCAACUCAGUCGGAGGUCUGCUGGUGUUUGACAUGACCAACCAAGCAUCCUUUGACAAUAUUAAGGAGUGGCACGCCGAGGUGUGCGAACGAGUGCAGCCGAACAAGGUUCUGUUCGUCCUGGUGGGGCAAAAGAGUGACCGUGAGGACCAGGGGGAGAGGGUGGUGAGUCUGGAGGAGGCUCAGAAACUGGCCGGGCAGCUCGGGGUGCCCUACGUGGAGGCCUCUGCCAAGACGGGGCACAACGUGAAGGACACCUUUGAGCUGCUCACUCGGCGGGUCUACCAGGGUCUGCUGAGUGGAGAGGUGGAGCUGCAGGACGGCUGGGACGGGGUGAAGUGCGCUGCACCACAGGUGCUGCAGCUGCAGAGAGCCGACCUGGCAAAGCCCAAAAAAGACCCCCCCAAGAAGUGUUGUCCUUAAACUGCGUACUGGUGACAACCCCCCCCCCACACACACACACACACACCCUCAUCCUACUGUCGAACCAACACCGGCCCCAAGGAAGUGGAAUCCGAGGUGGAGGUUUACUGUAAUAACGUGACCAUCAUGAAACACUGAUUUUUGCACCUUUUGAUGUGAAGAUACAAUCUUAACAAUUUAGUAAUGUGGGACUGAUUUUGAGAAAACAUAUUGUGUAUUCGUAUGUACAAAAGCUUUGACAUUCCUGAAAGGGCUUACGAUUUAACUUAAGAAGUAAAGGUGUUUGUAACUGAUAUUGUUGCCAUGACGGCGAUGUUGGCCUCUUUGGUCCCAACGGAAGAACCUAUAAACACAUCAGACCUUUUGAUGGGUUGCCAUGACAUUUUGCAACAUUUGUGGUCCCAAUUUGACCCAUUUGACCCAUGACCAGCGGGCUCACCCGUUUGGUUUGUUGGUGACAACUAUUGCAUGGAUUGCUGGGAAAUUAGCUCCAGGUGUUCAUGGUCCCUAAACUUUCAAUCUAGCCAUCAUCAGGUCAUAUCAAGUUGCCCAAUGCGUUGGUUUAUGACAUUCACAGCUGUACUUGGUGUUCUGAGCUAAUUGACACACGUUGGCAUGCCAACAAGCUAAACUAAGGUGUGAGGAGGAUGUUGAACAUGGAAACUAUAUUCGCUGCUUAACAUCCGCAUGUUGGCAUCUGCUAGUGUUUAAUUGCCGAGUCUAUAAAUGUUUCUCUUGAUUAGAAACAGAGGUCCAUGCUUUCUUAUGCGAGACGCUAGCCAACUGUAUGAUAUAUUCCGCUUCAUCCUCUGAACCCUUUUCUGCAUAAACAUGUGAUAUUGUCUAUGUUGCUCGUUCCAUCGAUGAUUGACAGCCGUUCCGAUACAUGGUACCCUGAUUGAGUUUCAAAAUGUCCCCCGAUGACUAUUUGAAUUAAUGCGUAGGGCUUAAGUAUUUAUCUGGAAAAGGCUCUGCUGCAUCACCGAUAAUUGUGGAGAAUGCUCGGAGUGAGCGAUUGUUUUCAGGUGCUGUAGAAUUAAUUAAAUGAAACGCCUCGAGUGCCUUUGGAUAUUGUUGAAAUGUUGAGGUUUCCAUAGCAAUUACUGUCCGUCUACCUGAUAAACAGCCUCCUGUAUAUCGGCAACAACAAAACAAUUUAUUGUCUUCUAAAAGAGCCGCAGAUUGAAGCGCGGAGGCCGUGAACCGGUCCCUGUCCCCGUGAACCGGUCCCUGUCCUCGUGAACCGGUCCCUGUCCCCGUGAACCGGUCCCUGUCCCCGUGAACCGGUCCCUGUCCCCGUGAACCGGUCCCUGUCCCCGUGAACCGUUUCCUGUCCCCGUGAACCGGUCCCUGUCCCCGUGAACCGGUCCCUGUCCUUGUGAACCGUUUCCUGUCCCUGUGAACCGUUUCCUGUCCCCGUGAACCGUUUCCUGUCCUCGUGAACUGAUUUGACAUAAGUUACAAAAGCUCGUACUCAAAAUGAACCCGUCCCUGUGUGUAAAGGAGCCGGGGAUAACUUUAAGUCAAGCCAGAGAUGCCAGACUGCAAAAUGUUGUCUUUUUUUCAUAUCAUUUAUUUUUUAUUUUUUUGACAUUGUGAAAAGUCAACAUCUGAGCACCAUGUCUUCCAUCAUUUUGAUGAAAUUUGCUGAAAUAA